AUGGGCGACUCCUGCAAGGUCUCCGACAUCUUUGAGAUGGUGCAGGAGCGAGCGAGCAGCACCAACGUCUGCCCCUUCUGCAGCGAGUCCCUCCAGUACCUGUGCUCCUUCGCCAAGCAUCUGCAUGUCGAGCAGUGCAAACUUGAAGCAGAUCGGGAGGCAGGCAGCGAGGUCGUCAGCCCUGGCAAGGCUGAUCAUUCUGUGAUCGACCUUAGCAGCCCCAGCGAGAGCCCAGCAGACGCCCGCGUGCUGCCCCCGUCCAGUCCGGCGAGAGAGGACGGGGAGGAGGAGUGCUCCAACUCACGGAGGGGCGGCAGCUGUGAGGAUCAGGUCUCGGCUCAUGACGACGUGCCGGGACAAGGGGCUGGACGUGCGGCAGCGAGCGUAGUGAGGGAGGAGAGUGAAGAGGAUGAGCUAUUUGCUCUGGACCUGCGGACGAGGGUCGAGAUGAAGAUGCGAGGAGACAGCGCGUGCCCGUCGGUGCAGGACUAUCCUCGCAGGAAGAUCCGAAACACCUCGGGCAUGAAGCUAGGAGAGAUGCCCAAGUACGAGGAGAUGGAGGUAAGAGAGCUGAAGGAGCUGAUGUCGAGUUACGGCAUGAAGUCUGGAUCGAAGACGUUCAUGGUGCAGAAGCUCAAGUCCAUUUGGCAUCAGCUGCAUGUACAAGAGGAGGGGGAGGAGGGAAGAGCAGAGGAGGAGCCAGCGAAGGGGAGGGACAACACUGCUGCCAACGAGCGGAGGAGGAGGAAAGUGGAAGAAAGCCUUGUGGCGUGUGUGGACUUGUUGCGGGAGAAUGAAGCAUAUGACGAGAUGCUGCUGUGCCAGAACCUGUCUCUGACGCACAUCUCCAAGAUACUGAAAGACGCCAACCUUCCCAUCAGCUCUAAGAUGCUCUGCCAUCUCCUCGACGACCAGGGCAUCAGCUACUCCUUCCCCCAGAACGAAAAGGACGGAAAGUCUCGACACCGUCGAAGAUGA